AUGGGUCUUUGGGAAGUAGUGGUUCAGGACAUCCACACGGACAUUCAGGACAAUCUAACGUGGAUCGCGCGCAUCUCGGACACGGACUAUGUGAAGGAUGCGCUGAUAGUCGCAGGAGACGUCUCCGACUCCUUGGAGGUCAUGGAGACGACCUUGGCGUUGCUGAAGCGCAAGUUCGCCGACGUCUUCUUCGUCCCCGGCAACCACGACCUCUGGGUUGGCGAAGACGAGACUUGUGUCGACAAAGUGGCGAAGCUCCAGGAGCUCUGUAGCCGCCUGGGCGUCCACAAUGCCGCGGCGCGCGUGGGCACCGCGGACACGGGCGUGUGGGUGUGCCCGAUCCUUUCUUGGCACCACCAGAGCUGGGACCCGGAGCCAGAACUCGAAGGCUGGCAGAUUCCGUCCGUGGCGGAGUGCAUGGUGGACUACGAGCGGUGCCGCUUCCCUCCUGGCGUGUCCAUGUUCGACGACUCGGCCGCGCGUCGCAUCGACACCAUGAAUGACACCUUGGGUCUGCAGCAGCCGCUGACGGAGCGCUGCAGCCACGAGGCUCUCGUGACGUUUUCACAUUUCCUGCCUCGCAUUGAGCUUUCACUCGAGAAGCGUUUCUUGAUGCUGCCCUGCCUGCCGAAGGCCAGCGGGUCCGUUUACCUGCGGAAGCGCGUGGAGGAGCUACGGCCGGAUGUUCACGUCUUCGGCCACACACAUUUCGGCUGGGACGCUGUGCAUGAUGGAGUGCGCUAUGUGCAGGCACACGCAGAUCUGGGAAGGGUGACGAGCGGUUCGUAG